UGGACGUGAUGUGGAAUUAGAUCCUGCUCCAGUGAAGCCACCCAGCACUACCGUAAGAGAGAGAGAGAGUGGGGGGAAAAAUAUAGCAGCAAUGAAUAGGCCACAAAAUGGCUCCACUCACUUUUACCAAUGAAAAGCAAAUGUGGGUUUUUUGGAGAGCCAGACAGCUUCUCAAUGUACAACAACAACAGAAUGAAAAGAAGACCGUCUCCUUAUGAAGUGGAGAUCAGUGAUGGUCCCCAUACAAAAGUGGUCCGCCGCAUUUUUACCAAUAGCCGAGAAAGGUGGAGACAACAGAAUGUCAACGGUGCAUUCGCAGAGCUUCGUAAACUCAUUCCGACCCACCCACCUGACAAAAAACUGAGCAAGAAUGAAAUUUUACGUCUGGCUAUGAAAUACAUCAACUUCCUGGCCAAACUGCUUAAUGACCAGGAAGAAGAAGGAAACCAAAGGGGCAAAGCGAACAAAGACACUGGGAUAGUCCAAGAGGACCUCCUGCAGGACAUGUUGUCUCCAAACUCUAGCUGUGGAAGUUCUUUAGAUGGAGCAGGGAGCCCGGACAGCUUCACAGAAGAACAUGAAACAUUAGAUUCAAAGCAUACGAGGACUCUUCAUCACUCCAUUCUUCCUGUAGAAGGCAAUGCCCAGCGAUGACGACCUUACAGGUCCCUCCUAAAACACAGAGGGGAAAGUAAACCCUAAGUCUUUGGGUCUUGGAAUUACACCCUAUUUUCUCAGCUCGACAUCUCCAAAAAGAAAACAGGAACUUGAGCUCAUCAAGUUCUCACUCCAAUAUUUCUAAAGGUCACAAUCCCUGAACUACAAGGACAGUGAGCUGAUGGAGAACAAGACCAAAUCAAGUGGACAUUCAUCAUUUAGGUACUUGAUCGGACGGAGACAAAAGUCAUCUGAUUGUACAUAUUGUUCAUGGAUGUAAUACUGGAUGGGGGGAGGGAACAUUGCUGACACCUCUUCAAUAUCAAGUGAUUGGAUGAUGAUCUCUUGAAACAGAAUAAUCGUGGAUCAGAAACAGGCAGCAACUCCCUCUUUCACUGCCAAUGGAAGCUACAUGUCCCUUCCAUUUGCAUGUGGCACUUGGAAACUACCAAAAUCUCUAACCGUUCUGCAGCAUUUCUCCAAACCAUUCUGCUGACGUAUAUGCAACUUGUCGGUGUGGAAGCUAGGACAAAGCCUUCUUGUUGUCCAAGAGCUUUUGACUGUACCUUUGUAAAGAGCUGAAAAAUGCCUCCCACUAAAGAACUAUUACAAGGAAUGAGACUUUUUUUUUCCCCAACCCCCCCCCCCCACACAAAACCUUAGCCUAACUUUGGAUUGUUUGAGGUGUUGUAUUUAUGAUGUGGAAUUACUUCUGUUUAAUAACCGUCAUGCAGUAUCCACUGAAAGAAAAGGUACACAGAUGUUUCCUGUUCUCUCCCCUCCCAACUACCGCACAAUGGCUGAAAUCCUGGCCCUGUUGAAGUCUACGGGAAUCUCGUCACUGUCUUCAGUGGGGACAAGACGUCACCCGAGGAUUACACAUUUCAGUAUGGGCGAGCAGGAAUUUUCCUUGCAAUUGUCAUCCCGGUAUUUUAGUUAAAAACAAAGGCAGGGGUGGAAUAACAAAUUGUGUGUGUGUAGAAGGGAUAUAAAAGAGAUUGAAUUAUGUGCUUUGACUUGUUGGGUUUUACCCAUUUGGAAAGGAUGGUUAUUUCACGUACCCUCCCCUCUCCAGUCUGUUCAUUAGCCCCCUGGGUUGAUCCUGCCUCUUUGUCUACUUAAGACUUCCGCCAGAGCCUUGUCUACACAAGGAUGUGUGGCCAUCUCUAGACUUCUCAGAAGCAAAGCAGUUGACCUGGGCUCUGAGACUCACAGCCGCGGGUUUGUUCUUGCUGUGUAGAUUUACACUAAGGCCUGGUCUACACUGGGGGGGAGGGGAUCGACCUAAGAUACGCAACUUCAGCUACGAGAAUAGCGUAGCUGAAGUCGAUGUAUCUUAGUUCGACUUACCUUGGAUCCUCACGGCAUGGGGUCGAUUGCCGCGGCUCCCCCGUCGACUCUGCUUCUGCCUCUCGCCGAGCUGGAUCCAGUACAGCAGUCGACAGGAGACCGCUCGGGGAUCGAUUUAUCGCGUCUACACUACACGCGAUAAAUCGAUCCCCGAUAGAUCGAUCGCUACCCGCCGACCCAGCGGGUAGUGUAGAUGUAGCCCGAGAUUCAGUGCUAUUAGCGACACAUACAGCAAUUCCCAGGCAUGCAGACGGACUGUAAGUUGGUGGCCACAUAUAACCAGAUCACUUUAAAACAGAAAUGAUCCUCCAUCUGGAGAUGUCCAUUGAAGGACACUUUAAAAAAAGCAGAGUACUUAAAAAGUGUGGCCUCGAUUCUCAACUAGCACACAUCAGGGUCGUUCCAUUGACUCCCAUACUAUGGCAGUUAACACAGGCUGAGGAGCUGGACCCUGCAUAUCCCAUGAACAGCAGAACCGACAUAGGACUCUCUUUUUCCCACUUGCUAAUGAUCGACGGAGCCAUCGCACCAGAAACAAACGUUCUCGUUAUCCACUUGCUCAACAGAGAUUCAGAAAAAUCCACACAACGCUGGAAAGCCCCCUUCUUUGUAAGGGAAAAAUCACUAGAAUGAGUACACUUCAUACAACCCUAUCUUUUAUUUAUCAUAGGUGUUGAGGUACAAGGCAAUGCAGAUAUUUCCAUGUGUGAGCAUUUAGAGCCAUUAGUUUGCCUAUUGGAAAGCCAGGUUGACCCUAUUUUUAUUUCAGGGUACAGUCACUUCUUUUUUUUAAUGCCUGUUUAUGAAAAUGGGUCGAUACUGUCUUGGAAGUAAUAUGAGCGAGGCUGGGUUCUCUCGGUGUGGUGUGUGGGUAUAUUUAGGAGGAUGCUCUGAGUUCCCCAUUGAUAUUUUAGGGGGAUCCCAAUCCCGUAAAUGGUCUCAGAAUUCACCCCUAUGCAGAGGGCCAGUACGUUGCACAUAUAAAGUCCUCAAAUGGGGCUCAGGUGAGACUUACAUUAUGUGGGCAUUAGUCAGGGUCAGUUUCACCGUCUGGUCUUAUCUAAAGGUCAGACCUUGUUCCAAAGGGAGUUGUCACUGACUUCAACUCAGACGCUGGUCGGGGACACUUUCUGUGAUGAGGGGAACUAUCUAGUGGGGUAAGACAUUGGAACCUGAGCCUGAGAGAUGCUGAGGACUCUUAGCUCCUGCAGGGGGCGCUCAUCACUUUGCAAGAUCAGGGACUCAGUCGUUUCUGGGGGAGGAGGGAGAGACAUUUUGUUACGAAGAUGCAGUCUUAUUCCUUUUUUUAAGGGAUUGAAAUAAUAAUGACAUUUUACCCCUUUUUGGACGGAUAUUCCAAGACAAGUCAUUUCAAAUGUUAGAAAUCCCCCCUCCUGCCCCUUUUUUUUUGUAUCUGAAAGGAAGACAAAAAUGGUACAACUUAUAACCCUUUUACAAAACACACAUAUUUGUAGCCUCUUAGCAGAAUACAACUUAAGUAUAUCUGAGGUAUGUAUAGUUGUACUUUAAUUGUGAUUUGAAUGGUACAUCUCCUAUUUCUCCGUCUCUUCUUUCUGCCUGCUCUAUGUCUUGGUGUAUAUAACAUCAUCCCAUUUAUGUUUGGAAUCAGCACUUUCAGUCAAUGUUGUACUCUGUGAUGAAUUCUUUUCUUUUCUUUUUUUAAAAUUCCUUUGGUUUCUGCAUUUUUCUGCAGAAGUUAAGUAACCAGACCUGGUACCCUUAUUAUCUUUGUAAAGCCGAUUAGGCAACCCACUGUGGAUGUGCUAUUUAGAAAACACAUUUGUUGUAAUGUGUGUGUAUAUAUAAAUAUAUAUAUAUAAUGAAUAUAUCGAGAAUAUUUCUAAAUAAAGUUUUACAAAUCA